AUGGCGACGCACGGGGUGAGUCAUCGCAGGCAAGGGUCGCUGUUCGCGAGCGAGGAGGGCGAGGCGCUGGAAAAGCUGGCGACGACGUCGAGUUAUCUCUCGGGACGCGGUGAGACGAAGGAUUUCAACGCGCACGAUGUGAUCGAGGAGUGUGAUGCGUUGUUGCAGACGAUAUUCUUCUCCGUGGUGAGAGAGACGACGAGCGAGGAGUUUUUGGCCAAGCUGCAGGGGGUGUACGACGGGAGCGAAGCGUUCGGUAAGACUGGGGAGCCGAAGGACUUUGAGGCGAUGAAGAAGCUGCUGGAGACGAUGGAGGUGGAUGAAUCGUUACAGUUUGCGUCGGCGUACUCGAAUCUCUUAAACUUGCACAACAUCUCCGAGCAAGUGGCGAACGCGAUGGAGGAAAGACAUAAGAGAUUGGACGACAUCCCACGAGGGCCGGCGAAAUCGACAAACGGCGCAAUCAAGGGUUUGAUUCGAUCGGGAAAAACGAUAGAGGAGAUCUACGCCGCGUUGUCAAGGCAACACGUUGACCUAGUUCUCACCGCGCAUCCGACGCAGGCACUUAGGCGAUCCAUGCUGAAAGCUUUCGGGAAGGUUCGUGAGAAGCUGCUGCAGCUCCAACGAUUCCGUCUCUCACGCUUCGAACGGGCUGAAAUUUUGGAUGAAAUUCGCUCAAACAUCGCUGCGGCUUGGCGAACGGAUGAGAUCCGUCGCACUCCACCCAAGCCACAGGAUGAGAUGCGCGCUGGGUUGACGUACUUUCAGCAAACCAUCUGGGAUUGCGUGCCGACCUUCAUGCGUCGCGUCGACACCGCGCUCCUGGCCAACGGCUGCGGUCGAUUACCGCUCGAUCGAUCAAUCGUGACGUUCGGGUCCUGGAUGGGAGGUGAUCGGGACGGUAACCCAUUCGUGACCUCUGAAUGCACUCGGGACGUCGUCCUUCUCGCCCGCGUCCAGGGGACAAACUUCCUCUUCUCCACGAUCCAAAAAUUGCUCUUUGAGUUGUCCAUGUGGCGCUGCAACGAUACGGUGAAGAGGCUGGCUAAUGAUAUCUUAGCAACCUCGGAGACGGACAAAAAUGCGAUUUUCGAAGAAAGAAAGAGACGAAACUACGAUGACUUUUGGAAAGCCAUCCCGGAGCACGAGCCGUAUCGAGUCAUUUUGGCCAUGCUUCGCGACAAACUCUACAACACGCGAGAGGCGCUGCAAAAAUGCGUCACAGAUCCGAACGUGAGCAUCGACGUGAACGACGACAGCAUCAUUCGAACGAAAGAAGAGAUUUACGAGCCUCUCGUGGCGUGUUACGAGUCUCUCAUCGAGGUCAAGGACGAUCAGAUUGCCAACUCAUUACUGCUCGAUGUCAUUCGUCAGGUGCAGUGCUUCGGCCUGGGCCUCGUGAAAUUGGACAUUCGACAGGAAUCCGAUCGUCACGCCGAGGCAUUGGAUGCUGUGACGCGAUACAUCGGUCUCGGUUCUUACAUCGAAUGGAGCGAAGAUCAAAAGAUAGAGUGGUUGACGAGCGAACUGAUGAGCAAGCGUCCGCUCAUUCCGCACGACCUCGAGUGCUCAGCUGAUGUUCGUGAGGUUCUGGACACCUGCAAGAUGAUUGCGCACCUUCAACAAACCUGCCCGGGUUCGCUCGGUACCUACGUAAUUUCCAUGGCGACGAGCGCUAGCGACGUGCUCGCAGUAGUUUUACUGCAGCGAGAGUGUGGUUGUAGAGAAAAGGAUGUUCUCCGAGUCGCUCCACUCUUCGAGCGCCUCGAUGACUUGAACGACGCCCCAAGAGUUUUGCGGCAGCUCUUCUCAGUGAAAUGGUAUUUGGACCAUAUCAACGGCUUCCAAGAGGUUAUGAUCGGUUAUUCCGAUAGUGGCAAAGAUGCAGGACGAAUGGCCGCUGCUUGGGCGCUCUACGAGGGACAGGAGCGCGUCGUGGCGGCGGGGAACGAGUUCAACGUUGCCAUGACUCUGUUCCAUGGUCGUGGCGGCACGGUUGGCCGUGGUGGUGGCCCGGCACACAUUGCCAUGCUCUCACAACCUCCCGGAACCGUGAAUGGGAGCAUUAGAGUCACUGUUCAGGGUGAGGUGAUCGAAUCGGAUUUCGGCGAGAGGGAAAAUUGCUUCCACACCCUCGACUUGUACACGGCAUCCGUGUUGGAGCACUCGCUCAAGCCGCCGUCGCAUCCUGACGAUAAGUGGCGUGCAGUGAUGGAUAGGAUGAGCGAGUAUUCGUGCGCACACUAUAGGAAAACGGUGUUCGAGACGCCGGAGUUUGUGCAGUACUUUGCGCAAGCCACGCCGGGCUCAGAACUCGGUUCGUUGAACAUUGGUUCUCGACCAGCGAAGCGCAAACCGAACGCGGGCGUCACCGCACUUCGAGCCAUCCCAUGGAUUUUCGCCUGGACGCAGUCGCGAUUUCAUCUUCCCGUUUGGCUUGGAAUCUCUGCUUCGUUUAAGCGUCUCAUCGAAGAGGGCGAGCUUCAGACACUUCGAGAUAUGUACAAAAGAUGGCCUUUCUUUGAGGUGACUAUUGAUCUCGUGGAGAUGGUUCUCGCCAAGGCGGAUCCCGUCGUCGUCGCGUACUACGAAAAGGCCCUUGUCGAUGAAUCUUUGCACGAUUUUGGCGCCAAGCUUCGCGGGGAGCUUGAAUCGAGCAUCGAUGUCAUUCUGACCGUCUCCGAGCACAUUGGCUUGCUCGUCCAACCCGAGAAAACAGAGGAGAACGCGAACGAAGCUCGAAGGAUGCAGCAGAAGUUGAAGCACAAGCUCGAGAAGCGCAACCUGUAUAUCACACCUCUGAAUGUGUGUCAGGUCCGAUUCCUCAAGCAAGCGCGCGCGCUCGAGCACGAGGAAGACGGUGAAAAAUUGAGCAUGCGAAAAGUGAAGAUCACCAUGCUGGAGGGAUACCCGUUCCAAGACUUCAACUACAAGGGAGCGGUGAACGACGUGUUGAAGAUCACGAUGAAAGGCAUCGCGGCGGGGAUGCAGAACACGGGAUAG